AGCGCUAGAGCGCUGCGAGACUUGCGUGAGAGAGAAGGUCCUGGAUGCAGUUAGAUAUGUAGGUCUGGAUUAAAAAGAAACAGUUGGUCUGUGGAACGUAGCAAUGCAAAGGAUAUGGAUUUACUAGAAGAUUUUUACGGAGAGACCAAACAUGGAUUUACGCAUACUAUUUUGGACUGUACGGUCUGCAUCGUUCACCAUUACGAAAAAGUUUCUCAGAAAAGACACAAAGAUGCAGUGUCCCCACAAGUAACCGGGAAUAGGACAUUGGCUCUACAGCACAAGGAAUGAAUUAGAUCUGAGAGAGAGGGGGAGUACCCAGCCUGCCGUGAACAACACAGAGUGGACCUGUUCUAGAAGAGUAUUACCGUACCUUGACAUGGGCAUGUAACAAAGGACAACUAACUGCCCAACAGUGGAAGUUGAAAAACACCAUACCGGUGCACUUAAAUGUGAGGAGAAAUAUUCUUGUGACAAACUGCUGGAGAUUGAGACACAAGUGGUGUUUGGAGGAUACUAUGUUGGAGCUGCACUAGAGGAGUACUCCAUGCUGGACCCGCUACUGAAAGCUCGAAGGACUCAGGAGGAUGUCAACAGAGGCAGAAGUUCAACCAGGUGGCAAACCCAGUGUGAGAAAGGAGACACGGAGGAGAGGUCAGGAUCGCAGUGAGGCAGGGCUGAUCAAGCGCUUCAGGGGGGAUGGUGUCCGUUACAAGGCCAAGCUGAUUGGGAUUGAUGAGGUGACAGCAGCGCGUGGUGACAAGCUGUGCCAGGACUCCAUGAUGAAACUCAAGGGGAUCGCGGCUUCAGCUCGAUCUAAAGGCGAACACAAGCUGAGAGUCUUUCUCACCGUCUCCUUCGGUGGGAUUAAGAUCUAUGAUGAGAGAAAUGGAGUUCUGCAGCACCACCAUGCUGUCCAUGAGAUCUCCUACAUCGCGAAGGACACGCGAGACCACCGUGCCUUUGGCUACGUCUGUGGGAAAGAAGGCAACCACAAGUUUGUGGCCAUCAAGACUGGUCACUCAGCAGAGCCCCUCAUCAUUGACCUGCGUGACCUUUUCACACUCGUCUAUGACAUCAAGCAGCGAGAGGAGGUGGAGAAGAAAGCUCAGAGGGAUAAACACUGUGAACAGGCGGUCUACCAGACAAUUCUUGAGGAUGAUGUUGAAGAUCCAGUUUACCAGUACAUUGUGUUUGAAGCUGGACACGAGCCUCUCCAUGGUCCACAUACAGAGGAAAGCGUUUACCAGGUCCCAACCGGUCAGCAGAAAGAAGGAAUCUAUGAUGUUCCAAAACGUCAACUUAUGACUAAUAUCAACCAGUUUGACCUUUUUGGUGACAUGGCCACUCCACCAGACAUCCUAUCGAUGCCCGCCUCUCCGGCCAACACUCUGGACCCCAACCGAGGCCGACGCCAGCGCCCGCUCCCCUCAGAGCUCUUCACCCACUUCAGUCCUCCGGCUGUGCCCUCAGGCUACAUGACCAUGGGUGCCGUCCAGGCGGCUCAGUGGGCCCAGCAGUCCUUCGCUGCCCAGGCCCCUCUGGCCUUCGGAGUACAGGGCCCCCUCCAAGUGGCCCAGGUUCUGCCUGGGGGUCAGCCGGUGAUCUGGGGCCAGGCCAACCUCUUCCACUCCCCGGCCACGGGCCAGCAGCAGUGGGCCUUUGUGCCAGCGCAGACGGUGGGCAUGAGCGGACACCCUCUCCCGGCAGCCGUCCUUCAGGGUCUGGUGCCCAUCGCUGCCAUGCGGUCGCACUCCUGCGAGCCAUCCACCGCCCCCUCCUCAACCAUGGCCAGCCCCCAGCACACUGUGGACGCCAGGCUACAGCACGGCACCACCAGGGACGCCAUGAGCGAGGGCCUCGCAGGGGUCCAGUUCCCUCUGGCAGGAGGAGUGCUGGCCGGCGCGGAGCAGUCGGACGUGGCCAGUGCCUCGCAGGCGGCAAUCAGCCAGGAAGGGGACGACAGCUGCGCUGACCUUGAUCUCUCACAGAUGACUUUGACCCCAGGGUCCACCUCAUCGCCCUCCACCAGCGACUCAUCCCCUACACCAGCCUCCAAGCAGACCCCACCCGCUCAGGGCGAGGAGCCCCCCACAGAACAGUCCCCUUUUAAGGCUGGAGCCUGCCCCACUCCGAGCACAGCAGAGGAAUUGGGUGCUUGUGCUAGUGGUCCCUGCUCCGCUGAAACUCCAACACAGCCUCCAGUGGAGCAGUCCAACACAACAACAUGUGACUCUUGGAUGCAGGUGUCUUGUAGAUUACAGACUCUCAGCUGCACUCUGACCAACAUUGACUGUGUGGACAGAGGUUAUGCAAACUGCAGGAACAGUGUGACACACAUAUACAGACACACACACACACACACAUACACAAAUAAACACAGGGGUGACCAAUUCCAGUUUCUCCCUCUAUUCCAACUGAUCGACAUGUUGUCGGUAUCCAGCAUAAAGUCAUCCUUGAAGGGACAUCCACUAGACGUCUGGCUUCGCUCAUUUCUCCUAUGCAGCGUGGUGGUUGUGACUGUGGGCAGUGACGAGGCGAGGCGGCGAGAGAGCCGUUCCCUCAGCUCAGGAAGCCGUGAGAGCCCGGUGGACUGCGCUCUGUCUGAAUGGUCCACAUGGACCCGCUGUGACCCCUGCCACCUGAAGAGGUAUCGCUAUGCCAAGCUUCUCCAGCCGUCUCAGUUUGGGGGAGAACCUUGUAAUGCCUUGGGCCGAGAGGAGGAGUCCUGCACCCCACCGUCCCGCUUCAAGUGCACCAGCGCCCCCCUGUGUCAGGGUUUUGUGUGCGCCAUCACAGGGCGUUGUGUGCUGGAGGGACUGCGCUGUAACGGCGAUGACGAUUGUGGCGACGGCUCCGAUGAGAAAGGCUGCGCCAAGGUGUUCCGCGCCUGCCGGGAGGAGGCCGAAGAGUACUGGGGCAUUGAGAACCUCGCCAAAGGAAUGAACGUCCUCAACAGCAGGCUGGAGGGGUUGGUGCUAGAUAACCGUUACUAUGCUGGUGGCUGUUUACCCCACUACAUCCAGGACGUGCGCUUUAGGAAACCCUUCAACCUGCAGCACUACAUAUUUGAGACCAAAGGCUCAUAUGACUUCAGACUGGAGACUCACGAGUCAUACUCUGAAUACAUGAAGAACAGCACGAGACUUAGCACUUCCCAGACCUCGGUGUCCUUCGGCAUCAAUAUCCCUGGCGUCUUUGAGUUUGGCUUCAACUACGCAGAGUCCAAAUACAAAAAGACAGUGCAGAGGAUACGUCGCCUCUCAGGAACGACACACAGCUUCUUGAGCGCCCAUUCCCAGGUUGAAUUGGCCCGCUAUGCCCUUAAGGCAGAUGGCCUGAUGUUGCACCCAGACUUUGCAGGGCGACUAAGGGCACUGCCACUCGAGUACACUUACGGGGAAUACCGACAAAUCUACAGUGACUUUGGGACACACUACAUCACUGAGGCUACGCUUGGUGGAGAAUACGAUUUAACCAUUAUCAUCAAUAAGCAAAAGCUGGUGGCAUCAGGGUAUGAUCUGACGGACACAAAGCGCUGUGUUGAAGCUGGGCUGAAGUUGGGGGUCAAUAUCCAAGGGGUGUAUGUGAGUGUCGGGGCCUCAGGUGGCUCUUGCAAAGGCUUGCUGACGGAAAUGGGAGAGCACAAGGGUACCGAUUCUUUCGUGGAGGACUUUGUGGCAGUGGUGAAGGGAGGAGACAGUGAGUCCAUCACACAGUUGGCCUCCAAGCACCUUCCCACCUCGAAGCUGAUGCAGCAGUGGGGAGAAGCCGUUUACUACAACCCUGACUUUAUUCGCACCAAGAUGUUGCCCUUGUAUGAGCUGAUGACCUCCAGAGACUUCACCGAUGGCCCGACCCUAAAGAGGAACCUGAGGAGGGCUCUGGCUGAGUACCUGGCUGAGGCCAGCUCCUGCCGGUGUGCCCCUUGCCAGAACAAUGGAGUGGCUGUUCUUAAAGGCACACGAUGUGAGUGUGUGUGUCCCUUAGGAGUGAGUGGAGUCAGCUGUGAAGUCACUGAAAGAUCAAACAUGGGAGUUGAUGGGAACUGGAGCUGCUGGUCCAGCUGGUCGUCUAACAGUGGGGGGAUCCAGCGGCGAACGCGCCAGUGCACCAACCCGGCGCCUGCAAACGGAGGAGUGACAUGCCAAGGACCUCAUGAAGAAACCACAUGACUGCGUCAAAAGUGACUGUGUCAAAAGUCUGCUUAACUGACAAGCGUCACUCUGAUUGUGUUCAUGGUAUUUCUCUUGAAUAAAGCUUUUUGACGUGAUAA